UGUUAUCACAUUCUUCUUAUCCUUUUCCCAUGUUAUCUCAACCACCAUCACAAUUUGAUAAUAUUCAAUUACUUAACACAUGGAUAUCGAAAUUUGAAUCAUAUUCAAUAACAUCGAAACGAUUAUGCACAAAAUUUCCUUUGGAAGCCAGAGAUGAUAAUAGAUGUUUUCCAUUUAUUAAACAUUUUAGUUCUGUCUUUAAUUCAAUUAAUCAACUUGGUGGAUCUAAAUUAAUUACUUCUCCUCAAUGUCUUGACUUUACUCUUCGUAUAUUAAAUGUAAUCAAAAUCGAACAUGCUCAUUUCCAUAGUUUACAUAUUAGAUCAUUUAAAAAUGAUUCAUUAUCCUUAAAUAUGAAAUCAUCGAAAAUAGAAAAUGAAUUAUCAUCUUCAUCAAUAGUCCUUCAUGAAUCGUUAGAUGAGCCAUUAUCUAUAUUAUUAAGAGAUAUAUUAUCAUCAGUAGAGCAAAAGCAUUUAUGUGAUUAUCUAUGGGCUCCAA